AUGUCCCGCGGCAGGCUGCGCCGCCGUGAUGGCAGCAGCACUCCCGGCCGCCUCCUCGUGGCGCUGCUGGCGGCGUCCGCGAGCGGGGCCCGCGCGGCCCGGGUGCGGGCGGCCGCCCGGCUGUUCGCGGGCGCCCACGGGCUCCUCGACGGCCUGCGCGGCGCGCCCGGCUCGGCUCCGCCGAGCCCGGCCGAGGCCGCCGCCGCCGUCGUGGACUUCUUCCAGGCGGGCGGCGCCGGCGGGGGGGGCAACGCCACGGCGGCGGCACGGCCUGCGUGCGCGGGCUUCCUGGCGAGGAGCAUGGGCGGCCUGAACGAGUCGUGGUCCGACGUCCAGCUGUAG